UCCCCGUAGUCCGGGUGUCACGUGAUCAGAAAAGCUAUAAAUAGAGGUGCUGCAGUCAUUUGUUUCUUUGACUGACAGACGGAGCGAGGAGUGACAUGGCGUCCACAAGCCGCGGAGAAGCUCUGGCCCUUCCCAGGGUUCAGUGUCCAAACCACCCCGAUACCAUACUGGUGGAGGACUACAGAGCCGGGGACAUGAUUUGUCCCGAAUGUGGCCUUGUCGUAGGUGAUCGUGUGAUUGAUGUCGGCUCAGAGUGGAGAACGUUUUCCAACGAGAAAGCCCUCAAAGAUCCGUCUAGAGUCGGAGAUGCUCAGAACCCUCUCCUCAAUGGAGGAGACCUCACCACCAUGAUCAGCAAGGGAACCGGUGCGGCCAGUUUUGAUGAGUUCGGCAAUUCAAAAUACCAGAACCGGCGAACCAUGAGCAGCUCUGACCGCGCCAUGCUCAACGCCUUCAAAGAAAUCAGCACCAUGGCGGAUCGCAUCAACCUGCCAAGGAAUAUUAUAGACAGAACAAACAACUUAUUCAAGCAGGUUUAUGAACAGAAGAGCCUGAAGGGACGAGCCAACGAUGCCAUUGCAUCGGCCUGUCUCUACAUCGCCUGCAGGCAAGAGGGUGUACCAAGAACCUUUAAAGAAAUCUGCGCCGUCUCCCGGAUCUCAAAGAAAGAGAUCGGUCGGUGCUUUAAGCUCAUCCUGAAGGCCCUUGAGACCAGCGUGGACCUCAUCACCACAGGAGACUUCAUGUCUCGUUUCUGCUCCAACCUCGGCUUGCCCAAACAGGUGCAAAUGGCGGCUACCUUCAUCGCUCGGAAGGCUGUGGAGCUCGACCUCGUGCCCGGCAGGAGUCCCAUCUCAGUGGCUGCAGCAGCCAUCUACAUGGCCUCCCAGGCCUCUGCAGAGAAGAAGACCCAGAAGGAAAUCGGAGACAUCGCCGGCGUGGCAGACGUCACCAUCAGACAGUCGUACCGCCUCAUCUAUCCACGCGCUGCAGAACUUUUCCCUCCAGACUUCAAAUUUGACACGCCGGUCGAUAAACUGCCCCAACUGUGAAGAAGACUCCCCUCAUGCAGUGCUGAUAUUUUUCUGCUGUACUUAAGAGAUUGUAUUUUUUUUUUUAAAUCAUGUUUGUGUUGGAUUUGGAAGAUUUCUCUUGUCCCGCAUAAGACUACAAGGCUUCACCGGGGCACUCUGACAGGAAUAACGCGGACACACAUUCCAGUGCAUUAAACAGCGUGUAGACUGUUCUUACAGUAUUUCAUUUGAGUGUAUAUACUGUAUCCUGUAUAUAUGUCCAAGUGGGAAAAUGUAAUUGACGCUUGCAAUUUUAGGCUGGUUUCAUACUGUAUACAUAAAACCUUGUUUUUGUAGAAAAAUGACCAGGUUCUAUUUUGUUAGUUUGUUUGAAUUGUUCUGAGUAAUUUAAAAAGGAAUAAAAAGACUUUCAUCAGAUCAGCUCAUGAUUUUGAGCACCAAACAUUUGUUUACAUAAAACCUGAUUGAAUAACGGUGAAUAAAAAGUAGGUAAAAUCUAAAACUACCUGGAGGAUGUGUUUCAUGUUAAGAGGUAAAAAUAAAAGCAAAGCCACUAUUACAAAUGUUUAAUUUGUGCAUUCAUGAUAGGCAACAAACAAUGACUGAAAAAUACCUUUGAAUUAUUGUUUGUUUUUGUUUUUUUUACACCGGGGAUGAACAGCUGUGUAAUUUGAGUCGUUGGUGUACCAUCCAUAAAGUUCUCAUCUGUUCUGGCAACAACAUGCACAAGCAGAGAAUAAAAAAAAGGAACUUUGUACAAUCUAUUUCCAUCAUUAAGAAAUGUAAUUAAAAACUAUUGAUAAAAUUA